AUGAAAGCCUAUGUCGCACAAGCUAUAAAAACUUCUUCAGAGAACAGGCAUCAUGCAAUUACCAUUGAAAAGACUCUGCUGGAGGCAUCUGACGCAGAGAAGGAGCUCAAGUGGCUUCGGUCCGCCGUUGGAUCCUCUGAGAAAGAAUAUGAGCAAAACCAAAAAAAAAUAGCUGAGCUCAGAACGGAGCUGGAACGUGAGAGAAGCGAGAAGAGAAAGCUUGAGGAAGCAUACGAGGAGGUUAAGAAUGAAGUCAUGGAGCUGACUUCUGAGAACGAAGAAGCUACUAUCCAGAAGCUCCAGGACGAGAUAAAAGACUCCAAGGCUAUUUUCAAGUGUGGCGUGUGCUUUGACCGGACGAAAGAGGUUGUGAUCACCAAAUGCUUCCACCUGUUCUGCUCGACCUGUAUCCAGAGGAACCUCAAGCUACGCCACCGGAAGUGCCCGGGCUGCGGCACCCCUUUCGGGCAAAACGACGUGCGAGAGGUGAAGAUCUGAAGUCUCAGCGAGGCUGGCUUGGAUGACCUGGUACCCUUGGACAGCAGACAGCACCAACCUGCUCUCCGUGCUUGUCUCUUGUAGAUAUGUAAUAGUUUCCGGUUUUCUCAUGGGGGCGCUUAGAUCCAGCAAAGAAGUAAAAAUAUAACCCUUUAAGAAAGUGCGCGAACGUGCUCCAGCGGAUUGUAUGUGCGCAAUGGCCUCCCAACUGUUGAUCCACCGUGAAAAACCAGCUGUGUGCCAUGCAGAUGUCGGAAAAUACUGAAGUCAAAAAAGUUUGUUGUAACUUCA